CACACUAGGACACACUCCUACUCUGUGGACACUCCUGUGAGCAUUUGGACAUAACACACCUACUGAUUUGAUGGUGAGACGAGUCUAGACACAGAGAAGCUCAAUCUACAAACGACGGUUUCUCCUGAACUCCGCCCAGGGCCUGGCGUUACAAAAGCGAGAAGGAGAGUGAGAGAUCCUUCCAUCACUACAUCUUCAGGACGGACAAAACAUGAAUGAGUGAGGUGUUUUACAACGAGAUGUCUUAAAGCUGGGAGAAAGUGUGUAUUGCGGAAGAGGCCACAGAGGAGAACCUGGCGAUCCCUAAGCCUGGUGUGGGUUGGGCUCAGGGCGAUGCGGUGCCCCACCCUGUUGGCCCUGCUGGCAGGGGUAAUACUCUACCUAGUGAUGGGAGCGCUGAUAUUCCAAAUGAUGGAAGGCCCUGAGGAGAGAAAGGUGUACGACAACCUGUUCAACGUCACACAGAUCUUCCUCCAACAACACGAAUGUGUUAACACACAGAACCUCAGCAACCUCAUAAAGAGCGUGGCGAAGGCAGUGGAGACUGGCCUGGAUGUAUCAAGCAACGCCACCAACUUCACCAGCAGGUGGGACCUGGCCAGUGGCUUCUUCUUCUGUGGUACCAUCAUUACCACCAUUGGCUUUGGUAACCUGGCUCCCAAGACCGGAUUAGGCCGGCUGUUCUGUGUUUGUUACGCUCUGGUGGGGAUCCCUAUGUUUGGGUUUCUGCUGGCUGGUGUCGGGGACCACAUGGGAACCAUGCUGAGGAAAGCUGUGGGGAAGAUGGAGACACUCUUCCUGAAGCGCCAGGUCAGUCCCACCUAUGUGAGGGUCAUGUCUGCCGUUCUCUCCAUCUUAAUCGGCUGUCUGAUCUUCCUGGCUGUGCCGACCCUGGUGUUUUGUAAGCUGGAGGAAUGGUCGUUAUUGGAGGCGCUCUACUUUGUGGUCAUCACCCUCACCACUGUUGGCUUUGGGGACUUUGUGCCAGGUGCUAAUGGGAAGAACGGAGAUCUGUUUAAGCCCCUGGUAUGGUUCUGGAUAGUGUUCGGCCUGGCUUAUUUUGCCUCCAUACUCACCAUGAUUGGGAACUGGCUGCGAGUGCUGUCCAAGAAAACGCGGGCCGAGAUGGAGGAGUUGAGGGCCCACGCUACAGACUGGACCCAGAACAUCCAGAACAUGUCCAAGGACUUCCAGAUCCCAAACCCUCUGGACCUCAAUGACCCGUUCCUGUUGCAGCGGCGGCGCUGGAAACGUAGCGUCCGACGACGGGUCCGCCGGGGUGCCCUGGGGCACCGGGGCAGGCCGGGCCUCACGGGGCAGAACGGACACCUGCCCAACCGCUUGCUGACCCACACCCGCUCCAUGACCCGUCUGGAGGUGGUCAGGCCCCUGGAUAAAGGGGAGGGGCUGGGACCAGGCCUGAGGUUAAAGGUGGAUUCGCGGAUCGGUUCACGCCAAACGUCAGAAGGCAGAUCGAUGGGCCGGACAGUGGCGAGGUCGCUGUCGAUGCCCGUGGCAAGGUCGAUGAUGGAGCUAGAAUAUGAUUUAGAUCCGCUCACAAUAAUGAUGGCGUCAGAGAGGUCCGGGUCUGGAUCUGUGUAUGAGUCUGGGUCUCUGUCUGAGUCUCCAGAGUCUGACUCCAGGUCAGUGGCCUCCUGCUCGGACUCUCACACUUCUGAUGGCAGUCAGCCAGGGCCGGAGAGGACUUUGGCUAGUUUUGACCCCAGUGUGUCUCUAUGCACGGAGCAGGGGGAAAGCCAGGGAGGAUCCACGCAGGUCUUUUUAGGGGACAACCCUGUCCAUGUCCAACAGCUCCCCAAACCGGUCCCAACGCUCCCCUUGCCACUACCCAUGUCCCAAAUGCCCCCCUCACCAGACUGCAACAUGCUCGAUUUCUUUGGGGAGAACCUGGCCUACAUUGACGAGUCAUCGGACACACUGAGCGAGCGGAACCAGCCGGUGGAGGAGGGUGUCAUCCCUCGGCCCCGUAAACCCAGACGGAGGAGCAUCAGGAGACAGGUGCCUCACCGGAGCCCCCUGAGGGAGAGGAGGACAGACAACGACAUGCAACCCCCCUCCAACCCCCCCACCCCACCCCCUCUUUCUGAUGUCAGGGACUGACAUGACACAAAUUCACACAUAACACACAUAAACACACACAAAGACAAACACAAGUUAAAAAACCAAUGCAAACAGUUGGUCUUCAUCAUUGUUCAUUGGAAAUGAAAGCUUUACAGCUGUGAUGGACUACCACAAUCAUUUAGAUGUAUUUUUAUAUGAAAAACAAUGCAUGUAUUCAACACAGAUAUGGAACAUAAGAACUUUUCAGCUCAGUGGAGAUCCGCUUGGUUAAGAAACAGCACCACCUCCUGGCUGUCCUAGUGUAGACAAGACUUUAGCGUAGGUGUAAGCAUACUGUUGUUCUGUCUGCUUUUGGAUCUCUGCCCAAACCUCAGCCAUGGUUUAUGACGAACUGCCUGAAGUGUAAGACAUUUCAAAAUAACCAUUUUAGAUCUGCUUUCAGAGAUCACUAUCUUAGUGGAAUGCACUGUCAUCUGGUUGUAUGACUUGUUGCCUUGAAUAUAAUGUAUAUCUAUGUGCAAAACUGUUCUUUUUCAAGCAAGUUGUGCAUUUCUAAAUAAAUGAAAUUCCUAUAAAAACGCAAACCUACAAUACUUCGACACACUGAUGAGAUAAUAACAUGAUAUUUAAAGCCCUUGCAGUGUCGAGGGUUUGUGGUACACACACACACGUGCACGUUCUUCUUUCUAUUGUCCUGUCGACUCAAAACCUAAUCUUGAUCUAGAAAUCAAUUUUCCCUAUUUCUUAGCCCUAAAACCUAACCUUAAAUUGAAGCUCUUUGCCUAAACUUAAGCUAGCUCUAACGUCCGAACCUAAACUUAAUUGGUAAUGCAGAAACCUAAAAUGAAGGCACAAACCUUCCAUUCUAACACCAUGCAUUGCUGCAAGCUCUUGC